AUGACCACCCAAAAGCGCACCGUGCUGAACUUCAAAGCAGCCUUGAUUUGGCGUGAGCUCAUCAUGGCCUUGCGCCGUGCCGUUAUGGCUCGCCACGACAACAUCAUCGACGACGUCGUCGUCAAGAUCGAUCCAAUUGACACCAAGCUUUGCGCCGUUGGCAACCACACUGCUUGGAAGCAGGAAAUUAUUCAUCGCAUCAACGACGCCGGCCUCCUCGGUCACCUCGAGGGCACUGCUGUUCGACCUGAGCGUCCCGCCGACGCCAUCGCUCACUUCGACAAGAAACAGCAGGCCGUCAGGGAGUACAUCAUGCGGAGCAUCACCAACUCUGCUAUCCAGGAAUGCAUCUUCCAGGGCUUUGUCGACGGCGAAGUCACUCUCGACACCCCGGCCGACAUCAUGUACGCGGUGGCCACGAAGACCCGCGCGCACCGCAUGGCGGUCAUGGAAAGUCUCGACAAGUUUCUCGCCUGCGAUGGCAGCGAGUUCGACAACCUCGGAGCCCUCACCAGCGGUCUUCACCGAGCAUGGCUUGACCUCAAGAUCGAUCACCCGGCUCUCUCGGACGACAUCUACAUCGCCGUGAUGCUUCGCGUCACCAAGAACGCGUACCCCCACGCCUACGAGGCCCUCGACACCGAGCUUUACAUGGGAAACCUUACGGUCAAGGCCAUGCGUGACAUUCUCCUCGAUGAAGCCGACCGCGGCAUCAUCGGCGAGACCGCCGUCAUGGUCCGCAACUAA